GUAGACUUUUUCUUUUUUUCUUUUUUUUAAAUUUAUAUAUAUUUAUUUUUUUAAAACAACCGGAGAACCUCAUCUUUUGGUCAUUUCAAUUCCAGAGAAUACAGACAUUUUCCGUCUUUCACAUUAGCAGUAUUAAAAGUGAUGUUCUGGACUAGAAAUAGUUGAAAGCCAAUUUGAGGUAAAUGUAUAUUUUUUCACUUUUAUUAAACACUUUCUGUUCUGUUUUUAAAGAAUCUUAGUUUUCCAGUGUAGUAGACAUCUUACAUCUUCCCCAAACCUGUAUAUUACCUCCCAAUUCCUUUUGGUUCGGGGUGACCUUUAACAAGCGGUCACCCCCUCCCCUUUGGAAGAAAGGCUGGAGGAGGUCAAAUGCUUGUCGUAAUAUAAUUCAUUCCAUGCACUUUUACAGUUGAUUCUGGAGGGAAAAUGCUGGCUCGGUCUGUGAGGAAUAUAUGAACUGAUGAGAAAGUAGUUUAUAUUUGCAGUGCUAAAGAUAAGAUGGUUUGUAACCUAGCCACUGAACUCCAGUAUUAUCUGUCUGCUGUGAUGAUGAAUUCUAAGUUCAUUGACAUUGCACUUGUUUCCCUUUCCCUUGCCAGGAGUACUGUUAAGCUAUUUGCCACUUCAGCUCUUUCUGAUAACAUGGGGCUCCCUGGGUUGGGUCAAAUCUGGAGGUGUGGAUUGUCCCAGUGGUUACAGGCCAUCUUAUUUUAUGUUAGAUGGGGGGGUUGUGGAGUGGGGAUGGAGUAUCAGGGAGUGACAAACUCCUCUGCUCUGUCGCUCUACCCCCCGCGCGCUUGCUAAGGAUUGGUGGAGUCUGCGCAGCAAGAGCUGUCUUCCUGACCUUUCAGUCAUCCCAAAAAAGUGCUGGAGAACUCCCCAGCAAUACUUUUCAUGCGUAUAUCCUUUUGCUUUAAACUGUUACUGCUGGUCUUACCUGUGCUAUCUUUUAUGCGGUUUUACAUAAAAACAUGUAGUGUAAAUGCAUCAUUUCAAUUGUGCCCCCAAGUGGUGUCAAGAAGACAGCUCACAAUCUACUCCACCGCCUGCGUCAAAUGCGGUGCUAGAAGGACAGGCGUGCGCAGCAACAGCGAUGACUUCUUCAUUUCAGAGCUGUGGAGUCUUCUAGAUCCAAAUAAACCACAGACUUUUCUCCCCACCCCAUUGGCCAGGAUUCAAGAGAGCAGGCCAGGACAAACCAUUUUAAGUAUUAAAACAUUUCCUGGAAAUGUUAAAAGACAGGAAACCCAAUGAUUAAUUCUUCUUGCAUUUUGCUUCAGAUAUGUAAUUUCCCCCAACGAAAUGGGAUCAGUUCAUUUGGUUAAGGUCAAGCCAGUAACUGCCCUCCUGUAGUUGUAAUUAAAAAGUAAAUAUUUCAAUGACAACUGGAAUAAAUGAACACAACAAAGCCUUUCUUCCCCCUUCAAACUCCCCCAAAAUAUAGUUUUUUUUAAUUUAUUUUUUUAAACAUAACAAUUUUUGCAUGUACAAAUAUUUAACAAUAGUCUGUUAAUGUCUGUUGUGUUUGGAAGAACCUAUUGCAUUUCCAUAUUUGAAGACAAUUGCAUUGUUUAUCAAAUUUACUAACGAUGUUGUUUCUGAUUUUUGUCUCUUUUGGUUUUCCUCAACUGAAAUUGUUGUAUAGAAGGUUUCAGGUGGGUGACACUAUUCCUGCGUAGGUCCAGGUGGAAAGGAACACUAAGGGCAGCCUCAGUCUUCUCUUCUUCCAGCCAGCCGCGGCCACCACUCUGACAAAGUCCAAAAAUAUGGUAACGGGUUUGUAACAGCCAGCAAAAGAAAAACCACCUCACUUCACGCUUGAGCUCCUCUCUCUUGUGGCAUCUCUCGAAGAGCAAAUGAAAAAAGUAACAAAAGAAAUUACAGCUUGCUACCUGAAAGCCAUUGAGACUCAGCCCAACUUCGCAGUGGCUUGGAGCAACCUGGGCUGUGUGUUCAAUGCCCAGGGAGAGAUAUGGCUGGCCAUACACCAUUUUGAAAAGGCCGUGACUUUGGACCCAAAUUUCCUUGAUGCUUACAUCAACUUAGGAAAUGUUUUGAAGGAAGCCAGAAUCUUUGACAGAGCUGUGGCUGGGUAUUUGAGAGCCCUCAGUCUUAGUCCCAACCAUGCCGUUGUACACGGAAACCUGGCCUGUGUCUACUACGAACAAGGCCUCAUUGACCUGGCUAUUGACACCUACCGCCGAGCCAUUGAGCUUCAACCCCACUUCCCAGAUGCGUACUGUAAUUUGGCAAAUGCCCUGAAGGAGAAAGGCAAUGUGUCUGAGGCAGAAGAGUGCUACAACACAGCUUUGCGUCUGUGCCCAACCCAUGCAGACUCCCUUAACAACUUGGCUAAUAUCAAACGUGAGCAAGGCAACAUUGAGGAGGCUGUUCAGUUAUACAGGAAAGCCCUAGAGGUGUUCCCAGAGUUUGCAGCAGCUCACUCCAACCUUGCCAGUGUCUUGCAGCAGCAGGGGAAACUCCAGGAGGCCCUCAUGCACUAUAAGGAAGCUAUCAGAAUCAGUCCCACAUUUGCGGAUGCCUACUCAAACAUGGGCAACACGCUGAAAGAAAUGCAAGAUGUGCAGGGAGCGCUCCAGUGCUACACACGUGCCAUCCAGAUCAACCCUGCUUUUGCUGAUGCUCACAGCAAUUUGGCUUCAAUACACAAAGAUUCUGGAAACAUCCCAGAGGCCAUUGCUUCUUACCGCACAGCCUUGAAACUCAAGCCAGAUUUCCCUGAUGCCUACUGUAACUUGGCACAUUGCUUGCAGAUUGUCUGCGAUUGGACAGAUUAUGAUGAUCGGAUGAAGAAGCUUGUGAGCAUUGUUGCUGACCAGCUAGAAAAGAAUCGCUUGCCGUCAGUUCACCCUCAUCAUAGUAUGUUGUACCCACUCUCUCACGGCUUCCGCAAGGCUAUUGCUGAGCGCCAUGGAAACCUUUGUCUGGACAAGGUACACGCUCUCUUCAAAAUAAAUGCAUUGCAUAAACCUGCCUACGAGCAUCCUAAAGAUCUGAAGGCCAGUGGUGGACGGCUGCGUAUAGGUUAUGUCAGCUCUGACUUUGGCAACCAUCCGACGUCUCACUUGAUGCAGUCCAUCCCUGGGAUGCAUAAUCCAGACAAAUUUGAGGUGUUUUGUUACGCACUGAGCCCUGAUGACAGUACCAACUUCAGAGUGAAAGUUGUGGCGGAGGCUCAUAAUUUCACAGACCUCUCACAGAUUCCUUGCAAUGGAAAGGCAGCUGAUCGAAUUCACCAGGACGGUGUCCACAUUCUGGUUAACAUGAAUGGAUAUACCAAGGGAGCCAGAAAUGAGCUGUUUGCGCUCCACCCUGCUCCAAUUCAGGCCAUGUGGCUAGGUUACCCUGGAACUAGUGGUGCACCCUUCAUGGACUACAUCAUCACUGACAAGGAGACAUCACCUAUUGAAGUAGUGGAGCAAUAUUCUGAGAAGGUUGCCUACAUGCCACAUACAUUUUUCAUUGGAGACCAUGCCAACAUGUUUCCUCAUCUCAAGAAAAAGGCAGUGAUUGAUUUCAAAUCAAAUGGACACAUCUUUGACAACCGCAUUGUUCUCAACGGUAUUGAUCUGAAGGCCUUCUUGGACAGUCUGCCAGAUGUAAAAGUGAUUAAGAUGAAAUGUGAAAACAAUCAGGAGCCAGCUGUAGACACAAAUGGAGCUUUGUCUAUGCCUGUGAUCCCCAUGAAUACGGCUGCUGAAGCAAUCAUCAAUAUGAUCAACCAAGGCCAAAUACAGGUCACCAUCAACAGCUUCACUGUCAGCAAUGGCCUUGCCACCACACAGAUCAAUAAUAAAGCUGCCACUGGGGAAGAAGUGCCACGCACAAUUGUUGUGACCACCCGCUCCCAGUAUGGUCUUCCAGAGGACUCCAUUGUUUACUGCAACUUCAACCAACUCUACAAGAUUGAUCCCCCAACGCUUCAGAUGUGGGCCAAUAUCCUAAAACGUGUGCCCAAUAGUGUGUUGUGGCUUCUUCGGUUCCCCGCUGUGGGAGAGCCUAACAUCCAGCAGUAUGCUCAGAACAUGGGUCUGCCAGGUUCUCGCAUCAUCUUCUCUCCAGUGGCCCCCAAAGAGGAACAUGUUAGGAGGGGCCAGCUGGCCGAUGUGUGCUUAGACACACCUCUGUGUAAUGGUCACACCACAGGCAUGGAUGUUCUCUGGGCUGGAACACCCAUGGUCACUAUGCCAGGUGAAACCCUUGCCUCACGAGUGGCUGCUUCACAACUCAGCUGCCUUGGCUGCCCGGAACUCAUUGCCCAUACACGGCAGGACUAUGAGGACAUAGCAGUCAAGUUGGGCUCUGACAUGGAAUACCUGAAGAUGAUUAGGGCACGUGUUUGGAAGCAGCGCAUCAGCAGUCCUCUCUUCAACACCAAACAGUACACCAUGGACCUGGAGAGGCUCUAUCUGCAGAUGUGGGAGCACCAUAGCAACGGCAACAAGCCGGAACAUCUGUUUAAAGUUCACACAGUAGACAGUGGCGACAAUGCCUGAACUGGAAAGCCCUCCCCUUCCCCGUAACUUUUCACAGUACCACCACGAAUAUGAUCCUUCCCACCAUCAUUUUUCAAAGCAUAAUAACAAUCCUAGUUUGAAUGGUUAACUUGUAACCCCCUCUGGUGAAACACCAUUUCAAACACACUUUUAAUUGGGACCCAAGGAUCAAGAACACACACCUCCCCAUCACAAUGUUUUAUCACUUUAUCGUGUAUCCUGAGCUACAAACUUUCAGUUUGAGACUAUCUUGGAACGCAUGAGAGACUUGCUUGGAUUGAUAGUCCUCACCCCCACCCGCUUUUCAUGUGUUGUGUGUACAGGAGUGAUUGCAGUUCAUGGACUAAUUGCCCAACCCUUAUAGUUAUUCUAUUUAUAAUUGGUUAAAAGAUAUUGUUUGUUGUUUUUGUAUGACAGUGUUGCGCCAUGAAAAUUUUAAGUCUUAAAUUCAUUCAGCUUAAACCUGUAAUUUUAACACAGAUUGCAACUGCAGUCUAAUUUCUCCGAAGAUGUUAUUUAAGUGUAAGGAGUGGAUGUGAACUUUUUUGUGAGAAAUACGACUUCAUCUCCUCAGCAAAUCAGCAAUUUACUUGUCCUGUUUGAUGUUACACUGCUCACUGACAUCAAUGGUCAUUCGGAUAAAGCUCUAAACAGUAUAGCUGAAAAAGCGGAUUAAUCUUGUUUUAAAUCACAGAAGGAACGGCCUAGGUAAGUAUUUUCUUAGCAGUUUUUGUUUUUGUAUAGUUGAGUUUUGCUGUCAAUUAUGCUUUGCUCUGAAUAUGGGGAAAAAAUAAAGAUGGCAAUUUGCGA